AUGGAUAGCCAGGGCCAUGGCUAUGUCUGGGCCGACGAAGUCAACCAAGAAGCGCAGGAGCAAGAGCCCGACAACUUUGACGACUUGCUACGACUACUAGACAUGGCACCACCAAACAACCCUGCAGACGCCCCGCAAAGCUUCGCGCCGGUGACAUCUGCACCUCCAGCACGACCCCGGAAUCCGGUAGCGCAGGGCUCGGUAGCACCUCUGCAAUCGGCAUUUCUAGGCGCACUCGACUCCCUGGAUGCCCCAGGACCUCUGCGCCCUGGCGGCCUCAAUUCCGGCCCUCCAAUUCCAGCCUCGAGUCCUGCAACCACAGGCAUUCCACACGUCUUUUAUCAUCGUCCCCCUCCCCAUCCAUAUCCAUAUCCACAUCCACAUCCUCCUCCGCCGCACGGUUAUCUCGGCGCCUCGGGUGUCGCUCAACCUCAAACUGCGGUUAUUUUCAAUCAACUCCAGCCGGUAUAUGCGCAGAAUAUGGCCUACAACUAUCCUGGCCAAGUUCCAGCUCCCGAUCUAGCGCAUGCUGGUCUGUACAAGGCGGAUUCGUAUUCCCCAGAGCCUGGAAGCGACAAUGCGACACAAUCACGCAAUGACAACCGACCACAGCAUCGCCGGGGCUACCAGGCCUGUCAACGAUGUCGUGAAAGAAAAGUGAAAUGUGACCUGGGCAGUGUCGAUGCGCCGUCUCAGCCGCCAUGCAAGAGAUGCCUACGUGAAAGACUCACCUGCGAAUUUGCGGCGACACGAAAGAAACAAAAGCGAUCAGAUGGAACUGCAAGAGAUACAUCAAAGGACCCAGCGGAGGACCAAAAUGAUACGUCGGUCGCAGGUAGUGGAAUGUCAGGUCUUGGAUUUGGACAAGGUAUACAACAAUCGCCGUCCUCAGCAUCGCCCUCAACAGCUGGCAAUGGCUUCACUGCACCAUCAUGGACACCACAGAGCUCCAAACGAUCGUUUACUUCUCAACCGCGAGAAUUGUCAGGUCGAGGCCGGACUGGCUCCGUAAUCCCUCAACAAUCUUCACAACAGAAGCCUUCCGAUGUCGAGUUGCAUAGCCAAGUCGCUGUUGCGACCCUAGGCGGACAGGUCUCAAGUACUCAAGAUAGCAUUAUGCUUCUGGUCGACGCGGCCUACGCCUCCGAAGGUGCAACACCCGCUCUCAAGGACAGCCCUCAUUCCGAGAGAGGUGGAAGAAAGAGGACUCUGUCUAGUCUCGAUCACGGCGGCCCUCCAGCUCCUACUGAUACCGGAUUCACGCCUCAAGAGCAAGCGGAGCAGCAAGCAGGUCUCAAAGCAUGGUCAGAGAUGCGCUUUGUGCGCAAUGGCUGGUUCACGGCAUGGGAGGCCAUGCAAUACGUCGAAUAUUUCUUCACACGCCUGGCUCCCAUGACACCCAUCGUCUUUGACGAAUAUCGCUCACCCCUCAAACACCAAGCACUACUGAUCGAUGAACCAAUCCUGGCAUUGGCCAUUCUCGCCAUUGCUUCCCGUCAUAUGAGGUUAUCCGGACACGCAGCGCUAUCUCGAUCCUAUCAGAUUCACGGCAAGCUUUGGAACAACCUUCGCCGUCAGGUGGAACGUCUGCUGUGGGGACAGGAACAGUUCGGUGGUGGUUUCUGCGGUGCCGGCACUACGACUAAAAUUCGUGAGCUUGAGACCGGACAAAUCACCUGGAAAGGCAGUCUCCGCACCCUGGGCACUCUCGAAGCCCUAUUACUACUUACUGACUGGCAACCACGUGCCUUACACUUUCCGCCGAGCGAUGGCGAAGAGGGAUUGUUGGAUAGAAGCGUUGUGAUGUCUUCUGAAAUGGAUGGCAAACCGCCAGGCCAGAACGGCGAACCUAUGGCAACUCGAGACUACGACAAUCUCCCCUACGCAAGCUGGCUGGAACCCGCCUGGCGAGCGGACAGAAUGUCCUGGAUGCUUCUUGGUCUCGCCCAGAGUCUUGCAUUUGAACUCGGAGUUUUCGAUACCAAUCACUUCAACUGUAACCACAACCACGGGCCAGACUCUGAAUGCGCUCGCAAACGACGAAUUCGAAACUUGAUCCUUGUCUACGUCGCUCAGACCAGCGGCCGAAUGGGGGUUCAAUGCUCGCUCAAUGUUGAGGAGUGGGAAAGAGAUUCAACCUGGGAUCAAACCACCAAGUAUUUGGAGAAGCACCCGAUCGAUGUCAUGCAGGAAUGUUGGGUCCAUAUAGCCAGAAUCAUGAACCAGGCCAAUCGCGCGAUCUUUUCAUCUCACCAAUUCACAAGGGAGCUCAUUUCGAGCGGCAAGUACAAGGACUCCAUUGCAACCUUUGCACCACUGUUACAGGGUUGGAAAGCUCGAUUCGAGUCCGUCAAAGCCAAGAUUCACCCGGUCAUGCAAAGCAUUCUCAUUAUUGAAUAUGAGUAUGCUCGUCUCUAUAUCAACUCACUAGGAUUUCAGAACGUGGUGGAAUCCUGGAUUCAAGGAGGUUCCAAUAUUCGCAAGGCCACGCUUCUCAAGAUUGCCGAGGAUAACAAGCUUUAUAUUGACGCAGUCAGCGAUGCGGCUCUCAAUAUUCUUGGAGAGAUAGUCGAUGGGAUUGCAGGUCAAGGCUUCCUCAGAGAUGCGCCUGUGAGGACUUUUCUCCGUAGCCUCUCUGGCAUCAUGUUCACUUUGAAGCGAUUUAGUCUGGGUACCCACGAAGCAUUGGUACGAAAAUGCUUGCAACGACUCGAAAAGAUCACUGUUGCCAUGUCUCAAGAGGUCGUUGACGACGUGCAUCUCGCUUCGUCAACGUCACGUUUGGUUCAGAAUAUUGUUCGAAAUGUCAAACACACCCUGAUCCGCGUCCAGCAAACUGGUACAGGGUCGGCUGGCCCAAGCCGCGAGCAAUCUCGUCCACAGUCGCCCCAUGGCAAAGAAGGAAACACGGAUGCACAACAGCAACAUGCAUCGACUCAAGCUAUCAACUUGAAUCAUUUGAAUACUGACUUCUACAUGGACGACCCCCUGGCAGAGAUCCAAGCACGGCCCAUGGCUGAACUUACCUCUCAAAUGUUCGUGCCACCUCCGAACUUUGGUGGCGAGGGCCAGCUCAUGGACUCGGCUUUGCCUGAUGAUUCUCACCUGGACCCAUCUAUGACUUUGUCCAUGGACUGGUUUGCUUUGCCACUCGACAAUCUCUUCCAUAAUGAUGAAGCCACUGUGGACCAAGGCUUUGGUGGUAUUGGCCCGACUGUCGGGACUCGAGACAUGCUCGAAGUCAUCACAGAUCGUGAUUACAACCAGAUGCAAUGGAACGGCAAUCAGACCUUUGGAUACGGAAACAUUUGAGACAAAGCUGCUGCGGAUUCAACUUGUCUCUUCCACCCUCUCUACUUUUGAGCCAUGAGGUAUUUGGUCACGAGCCUGGCAUGUCCAUUCUUGUUCUCUGCGCUUUGGUUUACUUUGACUUCAUAGCGAGGAGUAUAUAUGGGUUUUCUGGACAUGCUUUUGAUGCUUGGGCCAACGAUUGAUGAUGGUCAUGACAGCCUGCAGAUUAUUGCCGUUUACUAUGCACAUAGAACAAUAAGAAACCAAAAAAAUUGUAAGA